UGCCCACACCGGGCCGACCGGCCGGUACGCCCCGCCCCAGGCGAGCCCAGCGCAUAAAACCGCCCGGCGCCGCGCCGAAGCCAGCAGACCUAGUGCGGACAGCGAGAGAGCGGUGUCGAGCCGAACCACGACAGAGCUAAAGUGUGAGCGAGGUGUCGCAGUGACUAGCGGAAGGUGCGAAUGCAGCAGCAUAUCAUGCAGCGAUUCUAUUCUGCGGGAGAGAAGACGAGCGGACGGAGUGGUGAUAGGAAGAAGCUGAAACGCCAGUCGAUCAACUCAGUCGACAUGGACAUGUCGGACAUUUCGGCCAACUCUGUGCUCUGCGGAAUGCAGCAGUUCGACCGUGCAGUACAAAACAUGGAGGAGACCAUCUUGGUGCCUUCCAGGCUGAUGGACAUGAGCGUGCGUGACGAAUCCGGCGACAAGCCGGCGCGCCAGCAGGUGCCGUCGCUGCUGCAGUCCUCGGACGCCUAUGACGUGUUCCGGCUGCUCAAGACCGUGCGCAGCACGGUGCGUCGCGGCGGCUGCGGCCUCGACGACCAGGAGCCGGAGCCGGAGAGCAAGCCGCUGCAGCGCAUGCCGUCGAUGAUGAGUAGCCAGUCGCUGAGCUCGCUGUCCUCGGAGAGCAGCUCCGGAGGCGCCGCCGCAGACGACUCGGGGCACGAGAGUGAAGACGCGUGCGGCGCCGAGGAGCCGUGCGAGGCGGUGCGCGCGCGAUUCGAGGCGCACCUGAGCGGGCUGAGCCAGUGCCUGGCGCAGAUGACCGAGGCUGCCACGUUCCUCUCCAGUCGUUACGAGCAGCAGCUCGACUCGGGCUUCUGAGCGGCGCGUCGCGCUGAGGGGUGGGGGUGUACGCCACUGGAUUCUGUUUACGCGGGCGGGGAGUGCUCGCAUCAAGGCGGUCAUGACAGUUCUCUGUUGUUCUGGACGCCCGGUCGCCGCCGCCGCCGCCUCCUCCACGGGGCGGGGGCGGGGGCGGCCGCGGCGUCCACCCCACUGUGAUAGUGCCAGUGCGACACUGGCGCACCGGAUCAUCAUACAAUCGUACAUGUCCUGUGUGUUUAGGGGGCGUCCGGCGCCGUCCUAUGAUUGUGCACAAAGCGUCUGACGCCCUCGCUAGGUCGCCAAUGGCCUCGGGCGGCGCGCCGCCGGGGCUUCUUGCCCGAUAUGAAUAACUGUUUUACCAAAGUGUCCGAACGUGAGACGGCGUCGCAACGCCAAGAUGAACGAUGCGUCACGCCUGUAUGGGAUAGCUGAUUGGUGGUAUAUUUUGUAGCGCGGUAAGGUGGACCCGUAUAUUGAUUAUUGACCAUAUUUAUUGGUAGAUGCGAUGAGUUUGAUAAUAAACCGUUGUAUGCAAA